CCCCACACGCCCACAUCGCCGAGCUGCAGUGGACGGCGUGAUGACGUCAGCCGGUGGCGCAGGAAAAUGGGGUACGGGACGCGGAGGAGGGUGACACCCGACAUCGAGACCGCAGAAGGCCACGAAACGAUAUGAUGAGAGACAGCAGGCGGCGCGUCGGUUCACAUCCUGGUCAGACAGCAUGGGGGUAAAGAUCAGCAAGGAACAACAGAGCCACAGGCUGGUGAUCUUGGCGGCCAUCUUCGUCCUAAUGACCCUCCUCAUCCUGUACGGCUCCAACAAUGGCAACGACAGCGCGUACGCCCCCUUCCACGUGGUCACAAACUACGCCAUCAAGGCGACGGAUCUGAAGAAGUGGUCCGGGAAAGACGGCUACGUGCCGUUCCAUGGCAACAAGAGCAUGAACCUACACUGUCAAAAGUGCGCGCUGGUGACGAGCUCCAGCCACGUGCUGGGCGCCGGGGCGGGAGAAGAGAUCGACCGCGCCGACUGCGUGAUCCGCAUGAACGACGCGCCCACGCUGGGCUACGAGGCCGACGUCGGGAACCAGACCUCCCUGCGGGUCGUGGCCCACUCCAGCGUGUUCAGGGUGGUCCGCAGGCCCGGCGAGUUCCUGCAGAGGCCCGACAGCCACCCCGUGAUCAUCUUCUGGGGACCCCCCAACAAGAUGGGGAAGGAGGCCAAAGGGACGCUGUACAGGUUGAUCCAGAGAGUCAGCAUGACCUACAGCAACUUGUCUUGUUUCAGCAUCACAGCCAGCAAGAUGCGCCGAUUCGACAGUCUGUUCCACAAGGAGACCGGGCGAGAUAGGCAAAAAUCCCACUCGUGGUUGAGCACGGGCUGGUUCACCAUGGUCAUCGCCAUCGAGAUAUGCGACAACAUCAAGGUGUACGGGAUGGUUCCACCGUAUCACUGUGGGAAAUCCAAACCUGCAUCCAAGAAGAUGCCCUACCACUACUACAAGCCCAGGGGGCCCGACGAGUGCGUGACGUACCUGCAGAACGAGGGCAGCCGCAGAGGGAACCACCAUCGCUUCAUCACGGAGAAGCAAGUGUUUGCACGCUGGGCCAAGCAGUACAACAUCACCUUCGCUCAUCCCAAAUGGUUCUAGAGCGACGCGGAAACCAGAGAGAGAGAGAUCUGUAGGAGCCUUCGAAGAGCCACGUGAUGAAUAACGGCUGUUUUCAGGACCAGCCGAGAGGAUGAAACGUCACUGGGCCGAUGGACGGAGAGGAGCGCUGCUGUUCGGUUACUGUAUUGUGAAUAUUCCACCCGGGCGUGUGGCGGUCACCAGUCAGGUGUUUUUCAUAAAUAGAGAGAAAAUGUACUUUAAUGAAUUUUUACAUUGUUUAUAGUAUUUUUGUGAAUAUAAAUGAAAAUGCGAUUAUGUAAACAACGUGACGGGGGAAUUAGAUCCGUAGCCGUUUCUCUGGUUACAACUAAGUGGCUUUAUUAGCUAGAGGACAGACAACGGCUCUCCAACAUGCCAAGCUCAUACUGAGAUAAUAUGAACAUGCAUUUAGAUUUUUAAACAACUAAACGUCUUAAAAAUGGCAGAAACAGGAUUCAGAUUCCUUGGUGCUACGGAUACCCGCUGUUCACUCAACAGUGAACUACUAGUCUGCAGUAAGCAGUUAUCCUUCUCAGUAAAAAUAUACACAUUCAGAUUGCUCCACAUUUAUUCUAGAGGCACUGAAUGCCGCAUUGUACAGAUAUCAAAUCACUAAGUUGUUAUAAUCUUAAUUUCUAAACAAAAUGUUGAUUUUUGUUUCAUGAAUAUUACUCAACAUUUUUAAGUGAUGCGUAAAUUAUUUUAUUUUUUUACCUCAGUGGCUUUCCAGCAUGCAGGUUAAAUAGUCCAGAGUGCAUCUUGGUUGUGUCAUGUAUCAGUAUGUUGCUCUUACGAAUCCACAAAUCAAUUAAAAGUGAAAUUGUUAUUUUAAAACUUGA